AUGCGUAGAUGCCGUCGUAGACCUUUAUCUGGCUCAAAAUUGAAUCGUAAUCUUCUUAUUAUUGAACAUAUAAAUAUAACACAAUUAGAAUAUUUGGGUGGUGAUAUGUUAGAAAGAAUUGAGAAAGGAGAACGUAUUGUUACAAAUAUUUCAACAAAAUUAAAUAAUUUUGCUGAAAAUGAAUUAUUUAAUAAAUUGGAUUUUCAGAGAAAUGAAAGAAUUAACAAAUUUGUUGAAAUAAAGAGGAAUAGAAGGUAGGUUUUAAAUUUAUUUCCUCAUAAAUUUUUUUAUUCCAAUUAAACAACAAAAAAUUUCCUCUCCCUCGCGUAUUUCAAUUACAACAAAUCAAGGGGGAAUUUUAAAUAAAAAUAAUGAAGGAAAUGUUGUUACUGUUAAACACACUCCCGGCACUAAUUGGUGUAUUUCUUCAAUUUAUAAAACAACAGAAUAUGGAUGGGAAAAACAAACAUUAAAACCUCGUUUUGCAACAAAAUUUGAUGAAAUGCCGAGGAGAACA